AGUACUCGGAAACACAUUAUACUUUAUAAACUUACCAAGACCAGUUUACUGAAAAUGAAAGUUUUCGCAGUGUUUGCCCUUUUAAUGAGUCUAUCGCUGGUGUACUCCAAACCCAUGGGGUUUACCGGUACUGAUGACUACUCGAGUGGCACUCAUGGAGUCACCGGUACUCAAGACUACUCCAGACCUACGCACGACUACUCGGGUACUCCUGACACGACUGGUAGGACUCAUGACUACACCGGAACUUCUGACAUCACAGGGCGUACUCACGACUACUCCGGUACUCCAGACACUACCGGACGUACUCACGACUAUUCGGGAACUCCCGAUACGACUGGACGUACUCAUGACUACUCGGGAACUCCUGACUAUAGCGGACGUACCCACGACUACUCGGGAACCCCUGACACUACUGGACGUACUCACGACUACUCGGGAACCCCUGACCACACCGGACGGACACACGACUAUUCAGGCACUCCUGACACGACUGGGCGAACCCAUAUUUACUCGACAUAUAGACCGGGAACUGUUACCCAUGGUGGUACCGGUACUCACGUCUAUUCAACCGCAGCACCUAUAAGUCACUGGUACUCCAAAUUGUUCAAGUGGUUGUAA